AUGACGUCACAGACUCACACCCCCACCUUGGGGUUCCAUAGCUCCCAACCCCGCAUUCCCAGCAUUCCCAACGUUCCCAAUAUCCCACAGGAGUCUGGGGACGACGAGUACCGCGGCGAGCACUCGGACAGCGAUGACGAGGUGGACUCGGACUUCGACAUCGACGAGGGCGACGAGCCGGGCUCGGAGCAGGACGAGGCCGAGCCCCGGCGCCGCCGCCGCGUCCUCACCAAGGCCUACCGGGAGCCGCUCAAGAGCCUGCGGGCCAAGAAGGCGGAGGGGCCGCGGGGAGGAGCCCAGAAAAGCAGGGAGGUGAAAUCCGUGCCCCUGGAGCUGCAGGAGGAUGUGGGAGACAGCCGGAAGCACAUGCGCCAGUCCACCACGGAGCACACCCGGCAGACGUUCCUGCGGCUCCAGGAGCGCCAGGUGCAAUCCAAGAGGAAAAAGGGAGGCACCAGCUACGAGCGGCCCCUGACCCAGGAGGAGCUGCUGGAGGAGGCCAAGAUCACUGAGGAGAUCAACCUGCGCUCCCUGGAGAACUACGAGCGGCUGGAGGCCGACAAGAAGAAGCAGGUGCAGAAGAAGAGGAAGAUCGUGGGCCCCGUGAUCCGGUACUGGUCACUCACCAUGCCCCUGCUGCCCGAGCCCGGCCGCGACGAGCCCGUGGACGUCGAGGGGUGA